AUGAGCACAAUCCGACCCCUCCAAGGUGCCUGCAACUGCGGCCGCAAUCACUAUUAUAUCACCGCUCCACCCAAUGCUACGGAACAGGCUUUGGUCUACUUUGACGAGAGCAGCGCGAGUAGACGAAGUCAAGCAACCCCACUGACCGCGUGGCUCCGUGUCCCGUUGUCCUGGUACUCGUCAACUACACAAUCCUUCUUUCCGGACGAAACCCAUGCCUCCAUCCGCAGAAUCUUCACACCUUUGCACACGCCGCACUCUCAGCGAGUGUUCUGCGGCUACUGUGGUACGCACCUGUCCUUCUGGACUGAACAACCGCCGGAAGAGGCAGAGUAUAUGAAUAUCACUUUGGGCAGCCUGUUGAGCGAGGACCUGCGCGCACUACAGGACUUGGAAUUGCUGCCGGAAGAUGUAGAAGCAGGAGAAUUAGCAGAUGAUGCGCAACAAUUUACAAUGAGCGGGGCACUGCAGCAGGGCGAUGAGGAUGCGGCGCAAGGUCGUGCCACACAGCAAGAAAACCAACCAGUGAUUCGGACAGGACGAGAUGGUCGUACAGGAGGCCUGACUUGGUUCGAAGAGAUGCUGGAAGGAAGCCGACUAGGCCGGGCGCAAAAUACUAGACGGGGAGUCGGAAUCAGCAAUGAUGGUUUGACGCGGGUGGAGUGGGAGGUGUCUGAAUAUGUUGACAACGGCAGUGAAGAGUCAGUGCAGACGGCCACUGGCUCCAAGCGGAAAAUUGGGGAUGUGGGCAAAGACGAUGACACAACUAUGCAGCAGUGA